GCCAUGGGCGCCCGCGGCGGCCGGUCGGCUGAAGAGCGGAGCCAACCGCCGGCGCCUUUGUGAGCCGUGCGGACAACAAAGGCGCGGCCGGAGCGGGCGAGUGGCUGGGACAGUGCUGAUCUGAGCCGGACCUUCUCUGAUGGCUUCUUCCAGCCCUCCUCCACAAGCCGCCAUAGGAGAUCCACUGGUUCCUGGAGGAGGCCUAGGCCCCUCCCCAGAGGCGGAGGAAGACCCCGGAGAGGCCUUUGAGUUCGAUGACAGUGACGAUGACGAGGAUACCAGCACUGGCCUGGGCGUCCCAGGCGUUGCUGCAGAGAAGGAUGCAGACACACUGCUGACUCAGGGGGACUUCGCCCCUGUCACUGACUCGGACCCAGUGGCUGCACCGCCCCAGACACAGGUGCCGGCCGUGGUGAGCAACGGAGAUGCCGUGGACACAGCUUUCUCUGGAGUCCGGCACUCCAGCUGGAAGCGGAAGAGCUCCCGCCGCAUUGACCGGUUCACUUUCCCCGCCCUGGAAGAAGAUGUGAUUUACGACGACGUCCCCUGUGAGAACCUGGAUGCACUUCAGCCUGCAGGGGCGGAGAGGAACCUGGCCUAUGAGGACGUGCACCGCGUCGGGGCGCCCAGGGAGGCCAGGGAGGCGGAGGACCUAGGCUGGAGCUCCAGCGAGUUUGAGAGCUACAGCGAGGACUCAGGGGAGGAGGCCAAGCCGGAGGCAGAGCCCGCCAAGCACCGAGUGUCCUUCCAGCCCAAGAUGACGCAGUUCAUGAAGGCGGCCAAGAGCGGGACCAAAGACGGGCUGGAGAAGACCAGGAUUGCCGUCCUGCGCAAAGUGUCCUUUUUACACAGGAAAGAUGUCCUUGGUGACUCGGAAGAGGAGGACAUGGGGCUCCUGGAGGUCAGCGUUACGGACCUCAAGCCUCCAGCCCCGGAACUGGGCCCCAUGCCAGAUGGCCUGAGCCCUCAGCAGGUGGUGCGGAGGCACAUCCUGGGCUCCAUCGUGCAAAGCGAAGGCAGCUACGUGGAGUCUUUGAAGCGGGUGCUCCAGGAUUACCGCAACCCCCUGAUGGAGAUGGAGCCCAAGGCGCUGAGCGUCCGCAAGUGCCAGGUGGUGUUCUUCCGCGUGAAGGAGAUCCUGCACUGCCACUCCAUGUUCCAGAUCGCCCUGUCCUCCCGCGUGGCUGAGUGGGACUCUACCGAGAAGAUCGGGGACCUCUUCGUUGCUUCGUUCUCCAAGUCCAUGGUGCUAGACGUGUACAGCGACUACGUGAACAACUUCACCAAUGCCAUGUCCAUCAUUAAGAAGGCCUGUCUCACCAAGCCUGCCUUCCUCGAGUUCCUCAAGCGGCGGCAGGUGUGUAGCCCCGACCGCGUCACGCUCUACGGGUUGAUGGUGAAGCCCAUCCAGAGGUUCCCUCAGUUCAUCCUCCUGCUUCAGGACAUGCUGAAGAACACCCCCAGGGGCCACCCGGACAGGCUCUCGCUGCAGCUGGCCCUCACGGAGCUGGAGACGCUGGCCGAGAAGCUCAACGAGCAGAAGCGGCUGGCCGACCAGGUGGCCGAGAUCCAGCAGCUGACCAAGAGUGUCAGCGACCGCAGCAGCCUCAACAAGCUGUUGACCUCAGGCCAGAGGCAGCUGCUCCUCUGCGAGACACUGACGGAGACGGUGUAUGGUGACCGCGGGCAGUUGAUCAAGUCCAAGGAGCGCAGAGUCUUCCUGCUCAAUGACAUGCUGGUCUGUGCCAACAUCAACUUCAAGCCUGCCAACCACAGGGGCCAGCUGGAGAUCAGCAGCCUGGUGCCCCUGGGGCCCAAGUACGUGGUGAAGUGGAACACGGCGCUGCCCCAGGUGCAGGUGGUGGAGGUGGGCCAGGAGGGAGGCUCCUACGACAAGGACAACGUGCUCAUCCAGCAUGCUGGUGCCAAGAAGGCCUCUGCCGCGGGCCAGGCCCAGAAUAAGGUGUACUUCGGCCCCCCGCGACUCUUCCAGGAGCUGCAGGACCUGCAGAAGGACCUGGCCGUGGUAGAGCAGAUCACCCUCCUCAUCAGCACGCUGCAUGGCACCUACCAGAACUUGAACAUGACCGUGGCUCAGGACUGGUGCCUGGCUCUGCAGAGGCUGAUGCGGGUGAAGGAGGAGGAGAUCCACUCGGCCAACAAGUGCCGCCUCAGGCUCCUGCUUCCUGGGAAACCCGACAAGUCUGGCCGCCCCAUCAGCUUCAUGGUGGUCUUUAUCACCCCCAACCCCCUGAGCAAGAUCUCCUGGGUCAAUAGGUUGCACUUGGCCAAGAUUGGACUCCGGGAGGAGAACCAGCCGGGCUGGCUAUGCCUGGACGAGGACAAGAAGAGCAAAGCCCCGUUCUGGUGCCCGAUCCUGGCCUGCUGCAUCCCCGCCUUCUCCUCCCGGGGUCUCAGCCUGCAGCUCGGGGCCCUGGUCCACAGUCCUGUCAGCUGUCCCCUGCUGGGCUUCUCGGCGGUCAGUACCUCCCUUCCACAGGGCUACCUCUGGGUCGGGGGCGGGCAGGAGGGUGCAGGGGGCCAGGUCGAGAUCUUCUCCCUGAACCGGCCCUCGCCCCGCACGGUCAAGUCCUUCCCGCUGGCGGCCCCUGUGCUCUGCAUGGAGUACAUUCCGGAGCCCGAGGAGGAGGAGAAUGGCGAUGGAGACGGAGACGAGAGUCACACAGCUGCUGACCCCUCGGCCGCGGUGCAUCCGACAAUCUGCCUGGGGCUCCAGGAUGGCAGCAUCCUGGUUUACAGCAGCGUGGACACGGGCACCCAGUGCCUGGCGACCUGUAGGAGCCCAGGCCUGCAGCCUGUGCUCUGCAUCCGGCACAACCCCUUCUACUUGUUUGCCGGCCUGCAGGAUGGGACCCUCGCCGCCUACCCUCGGACCAGCGGAGAUGUCCCCUGGGACCUGGAGAGCCCACCCAUGUGCCUGACUGUGGGGCCAGGGCCCAUCCGCACCCUGCUGAGCCUGGAGGACACUGUGUGGGCCAGCUGUGGGCCCCGGGUCACCGUCAUGGAUGCCACCAGCUUGCAGACUCAGCAAAGCUUCGAGGCGCACCAGGAUGAGGCUGUGAGCGUGACGCACAUGGUGAAGGCGGGCAGUGGCGUCUGGAUGGCCUUCUCCUCUGGCUCCUCUAUCCGCCUCUUCCACACGGAGACGCUGGAGCAUCUGCAGGAGAUCAACAUCGCCACCAGGACCACCUUCCUCCUGCCAGGCCAGAAACACCUGUGCAUCACCAGCCUCCUGAUCUGCCAGGGUCUGCUCUGGGUGGGCACUGACCAGGGUGUCAUCGUCCUGCUGCCUGUGCCUCGGCUGGAAGGCAUCCCCAAGAUCACAGGGAAAGGCAUGGUCUCCCUCAAUGGUCACUGCGGGCCUGUGGCCUUCCUGGCUGUGGCCACCAGCAUCUUGGCCCUCGAUAUCCUGCGGAGUGACACAGAGGAGGCCGAGGGCCCCAGGGCCGAGGAAGACAAGCCAGACGGGCAGGCUCACGAGCCAGUACCCGCACCGUCGAGCCACGUGGGCCGCGAGCUGAUUCGCAAGAAGGGCAUCCUCCUGCAGUACCGCCUGCGCUCCACGGCCCACCUGCCGGGCCCGCUGCUCUCCAUGCGGGAGCCGGUGCCCACCGACGGCUCAGCCCUGGAGCACAGCGAGGAGGACGGCUCCAUCUACGAGAUGGCCGAUGACCCCGAUGUCUGGGUGCGCAGCCGGCCCUGUGCUCGGGACGCCCACCGCAAGGAGAUCUGCUCGGUGGCCAUCAUCUCCGGCGGGCAGGGCUACCGCAGCUUCGGCAGUGCCUCGGGUGGCAGAGGGCGGCCAGCACCCUCUGGGGAGACGGACAGCACCCUCCUCAUCUGGCAGGUGCCGUUGACACUAUAGCCCCUAGCCAGGGUGCACGGCGGUAGCUGUGCUGGGCUCUCGGCCUGCUGUGGGCCCUUCUCGCCAUCUGGGGUCCCCCAGGGAACACUGGGUGGAUUUGCCCUCCAGGAGUCUUCGCGGGGCCAUGCGGACGGGUCUGGAUCUCCAGGAACUAUGUGACAGAGCAGAGGAAAGCCUCUUCCUUUAAAAAAAAAAAUUCAGAGUGUUGUUGGGGGAGGGGUUUGAGUUUGGGGAGAGGGAGGACACCUCUAGAGGCAAUGGCCUUUAAAAAAAAACAAACAAAUGCAAAACCUCAUAGCUGCCUGGCAAGCCCAGCGCCUCUGGUUCCGGCCAAGUGGGGCUCCGAGGCGGCCACCCGCCGCCCCCUGGGAAGGGGGUGCAGUGUGUGUGUAUGAGAGCGUGUGGGAUGGUGUGUGAAUAUAUAUAAAUACGUAUAUAUGGUGUAUAUUAUCUGUGUAUAAAGUCUGUACAUAUUGGAGCUCUGGGAGAUUCUGAAAUAAAAGGCAAGAAUAACUUCA